CUGCCGCCGCCGCCGCCGCCGCCGCCGCCGCUGCUGCUGAGAGGACCACACUGUGAAGGGGGGAGCCAGGAGAGCAGCAGCUCGUUGAGAAUUGGAAAGGUGAGAGGUAGCAAGGAAGAGGAGGGGGAGGGCAAGAAAAAAAAAGAUGUCUUCUUCUUCUGCUUUGGGUCCCCGAGGCCCUCGCCCACCCACAGUGCCUCCCCCAAUGCAAGAGCUGCCCGACCUGAGCCACCUGACCGAAGAGGAGAGGAACAUUAUCAUGGCAGUAAUGGACCGGCAGAAGGAAGAAGAAGAGAAAGAAGAGGCCAUGCUCAAGUGUGUUGUCAGGGAUAUGGCGAAACCUGCGGCCCGCAAAACACCAAGGAAUGCUGAAAACCAGUCCCAUCAACCUUCACCGAGAUUGCAUCAGCAAUUUGAAAGCUAUAAAGAACAAGUGAGAAAAAUUGGGGAAGAAGCCCGGCGUUACCAAGGAGAGCACAAAGAUGAUGCCCCUACUUGUGGUAUUUGUCUGAAGACAAAGUUUGCUGAUGGUUGUGGCCAUUUAUGUUCUUACUGCCGGACCAAGUUCUGUGCGAGAUGUGGAGGGCGAGUUUCUCUGCGAUCAAACAAUGAGGACAAAGUGGUUAUGUGGGUAUGCAAUUUAUGUCGAAAGCAACAAGGAAAUCUUAACCAAGUCCCGGAGCUUGGUUUUUUGGGAGUGGACCUCAGCCCACCACUGUCAAGACGCGGACUCUCAGUGACACAGCUACGGGGUGCAGGCUCCGAGGUGCCUAGGGAAAAGAAAGCCAGGCUACCAAGAACGAUCAAGAUCUCAGACCCCCUUAAGCACAGCAGCAGCCUCCCAGGACAAUCACUCCAUCAGGGGUCCCAUUCAGAGCGAAGUAAAGGAAAACAGAAGUGUCCCAGAAAGCCAUGGGUCUGGAACAAAAACAGGUUUCAUCCAGAUCUAGAAGUGAACCCCCUCGAGAAAGGAAGAAGACUUCGUUGGCUAGUGAGCAGAAUGGCAAAGUGGGCUGAAAAGUGAACGUAAAACGUGUGCCAAAAUCCUCCCCUCCAGCAAGGAGAAGGACCUGUGGAGGAGAGGGAGAGGAAAGAAAGGCGGGAGAGCAG